UCAACCCGGAACAAGGAUUUUCCUGACAGCUUCAUCCAGUCAGUCCAUGGCUGAUCAGCAUGAGUCCAUCGAUCUCAGGUCUCCUCCAGUGGACCCGUCAGCAGAUGCAGCACACAACUGGUUCCCUAAACCCCCUCCACCCAUGUACACCUGCACCCUGACCCCGGAGCUGGUGGCUAAAGCACGGGAGGAGCUUCAGGAGAAACCAGAGUGGAGGUUACGGGAUGUCCAAGCACUGAGAGACAUGAUCCUGAAGGAGCAACCCAACCUGAGGACGAGGCUGGAUGACGCCUUUCUCCUGCGCUUCCUGCGGGCCAGGAAGUUUGACUAUGACCGCGCUCUCCAGCUGCUGCUAAAUUACCAGGGGGGGCGUAAAGCGUGGCCCGAGGUGUUCCAGGACCUGAAGCCGUCCACAGUGAAACACGUCCUGGACCUCGGCUUCCUCACUGUCCUGCCACAACCUGAUCCCAACGGAAGAUACAUCCUCUGUCUGCGGCCAGGGAAAUGGAAACCAAAUGAUUAUCCAUUUGUGGACAACGUGAGAGCCAUUUAUCUGACUCUGGAGAAGCUGAUUCAACCGGAGGAAACGCAGGUGAACGGUAUCGUCAUCCUCGCUGACUACACUGGAGUGGGAAUGUCACAAGCAUCCAAUCCAGGCCCGUUCCUCGCCAAAAAAGUCGUCAGCAUCCUCCAGGAUGGGUUUCCAAUCAGAAUCAAGGCCGUUAACAUCAUUAACGAGCCCAGGAUUUUCAAAGGCAUCUUCGCUAUAAUUAAGCCUUUUCUGAAGGAGAAGAUGGCAGAGAGGUACAUCCUUCACGGCUCAGACCUGCGCUCUCUGCACCGAAACAUCCCCCGCUCGGUUCUGCCUGAGGAGUAUGGCGGCACAGCGGGCCAGCUGGACAUGCAUGCGUGGUCCAGACUGCUGCAGGACUGUGAGGAGGAGUUCAUAGUGGAGUUCUGCCAGCCAGAUCCACUAGAGGGCGUGCUGCUCCCAGACUCCAUGAUGUUUGAUGGAGAGCAGGCUGGCGGGCAGGACGACGACACCUUCAGGGGGCUGCGCUCUCAGCUCUACUACUGCUACUGAGGCAGGCUGAGGCUGCAGACGCUCCAUCACCAAGAGGACUCUGUCUGUUUCUUUUGAAACAUCUGUGUUGACUUUUACAGGGCAAGUUGCCAAAAGGUAGACAGGAUUUAUUUUAGUAACAAAGCAGCACUAUUAGAGGUGGAUAGUGUUUUCUAG